GCAUGGCCGCGGUCUACGGCGGGGUGGAGGGGUGAGCCGGGCGGCCCCGCCAGGGGAGCAGCCGGGGGAGGCUUGCAGCCCCCCCCCAGCGCUCGCAUCACCUUCUCCAGCUCACCUGGCGCCUCACCUGAGCAGCCAGGGGGGGGACCCACUCCAAGGCGGUGCUGCUCUCCGAAGAUGGCAAGAUCCUGGCCGAGGCCGAGGGGCCCUGCACCAACCACUGGCUGGUUGGCUCGGACACGUGCCUGGACCGGAUCGACGCCAUGGUCCGAGAUGCUAAAAGGAAGGCGGGGGGCGAUCCACACACUCCGCUUCGUUCGCUGGGUCUCUCCCUGAGUGGAGGGGAGCAGAAGGAAGCCAUCAAGAAGCUCAUUGAGGACAUGAAGACCCGCUUCCCACAUCUGAGCGAGAAUUACUUUAUCACUACCGAUGCCGUUGGGGCCAUCGCCACUGCGACCAACACCGGUGGGGUGGUGCUUAUCUCAGGAACCGGCUCCAACUGCAAGCUGAUCAACCCUGAUGGCUCUCAGAUCAGCUGUGGAGGAUGGGGCCACAUGAUGGGGGAUGAAGGAUCAGCUUACUGGAUUGCCCACCAGGCUGUGAAGAUGGUGUUUGAUGGCCUGGACAACCUGGAGGUCCCACCACAUGACAUCGGCUACGUCAAGCAGGCCAUGUUUGACUACUUCCAGGUUUCCGACCGGAUGGGGCUCCUGACUCACCUCUACACGACCUUUGAAAAGUCUAAAUUUGCAGGCUUCUGCCAGAAGCUGGCUGAAGGUGCCCAGGCUGGGGAUCCCCUGUGCCGCUACGUUUUCAACAGGGCCGGAGAAGUCCUGGCGCGGCAUAUCGUGGCUGUGCUGCCCAAAAUUGACCAGAUCUUGCUACAAGGGCAUCUGGGACUGCCCAUCGUCUGCGUCGGAUCCGUGUGGAAGAGCUGGGAGAUGAUGCGGGAAGGAUUCGUCCGGGUCCUGGGCCAGGCGCACAGCCGGCAGCUCCACGGCGCCUUCUCCCGGUUCAGCCUGCUGAAGCUGAAGCAGUCCUCGGCCCUGGGGGGGGCCAGCCUGGGGGCCAGGCACAUCGGUCAGCCCCUCCCUCUGGAUUACGCGGCCAACGUGGAUGUCUUCUACACCCAGUCCUUCGCCUAGAGUCGGGCGCCAGGCAGCUCCCGGCCAUCCUUGGGGUCCUUGGGGGUGGGGGCUCCAAAGUCUGGCUUCCCUUUGCUGCUUUGGGAGCCUCCCCCCUUGUAUGAGCAGUUGACAAACACACACACACACACACAAUGUUGCUUAAUAAAAAAAAAGUGGCAUGGUCUCGGUGGCAAAACCACACGCCAGAGUGCCUGGAUACGCUGA